UGCCAAAAUUUUUGUGUUGUUGCGAAGUCAAAAGCGUGAAAAAAUGAAGAAACAUUAUUUUUUUCGGUCAGCCGGUAAAUCUGGAGAAUUAAAUUAAAUGGUUAAAAAAAUAAUUAAUUGUUGAUUAACUGUGUUUAAUAAUUGCUUGCCAAAAAGUGUUUUAAAGUCAUGAAGUUCUUGGUAUCAUCACAUUUCGUCGCCGUGUUUGUCGUCGUCGUCGCCACGUUUUUUCUGGUCGUCGACGUUUCGGGGGAGGCCGGUGUGGAGGAGGAGGACGAUGGCGACACCUCUUCAACUGGAUGGAGGGGUUGGAAACGUUACAUGUCGACGAUUCCGAUCGUGUCGUCAAUCUGGUCACAUUCGGGGGAACGUUUCUUCGGUGGGGGUGACGACAAGGAGGGGUCGUCAGGUCAAGAUAAACCGAAUUAUCUCUACUCGGCGGGGUCAAUACGAAAGCUGGCCAGGAUGGAGGGCUCCGUUUACGCCGCGGUGAAGGCGUACGGCGAUGACAUCGAGGAGAAGUUGAAACUUGUCAAGUUAUAUUUAGCAGAUUACGAGGCCAGUUCGGUCAACAUGUUGAUGUCGGAGGACGUGACGACACAAGCAGAACGUGAUUACGCCGUCGUGGCGAAUCCCAUCAUCGCGCACAGGUUAAUUCGUCGCUUCGCCAUGGAUAUCCCCGCCUUGCGCAUCGCGGCAGAAGAGGAGGAAGAAUAUGAUUUUGUCGACGCUUUAAACGCUGCUAAUGUCAACGGGAUGAUUUACCCGAGCGUGACGGAGGAUUAUAAUCAGUCGUUGUUUUCACUCUUGAGGAUUCAGAAGUAUACAAAUCUUGACACGUGGCAGAUGGCCAACGGAACACUGGAACAUCUCGAGACUGGAGUUGGCCUCGACUUUCGACACGCGUACGACUUGGGGUCCUACGCUGCGGUACAGACACCACCAAAUUACGCACUUGCAGUGGAAUGGCUGGAGGUCGCUUUGGAAAAGUUGAACGAAGAAGAAGAUGAUUACAACGAAUACAGGCAGCUUAUUGAGGACGAGUUGAAACAAGUCGUCGUCAGGCACGACGCCCUAUGCAGCACGAAGGAGUGGACGAACGAGAUGGAGAUGUGUUUCAGCUACUUGAUAAGGGAAGCGUAUGGGCGAAAACGACCGAAAGCUGGGAGUAUCGGGCGGGUCAAGGCUGCCAUCAAAAAUCAGGCCCAGUCUGCUACGUUUCGAAACCGGACAGAAUAUUCGGGCCACACGAGGAGAAACUUUCUCAGCACGUGUUCAGGAAAUAAUCUCCAGUCUGAAUCGGACAAGGCUCGCCUCUUCUGCUGGUACGAGACGAGGAAGAAUGCGUAUCUGAGGAUCGCCCCGUUCAAAGUCGAACUCCUCUCCGAUGCUCCAUACAUCAUCCAAAUCUACGACAUUCUGGGCCCCACACGGAUCGAAACACUGAUUAAAUUGGCCACCCCCACACUCACCAGGUCACGCGUCGUCAACACCAAGGAUCCAAAGCUGAACGACCUGAGUGACGUCCGUACCUCGCAGCAAACCUGGAUUUACGACGACGACGCGGUCCACGCCGCCUUUCUGGACGGGCUUUCCCGACAAAUUGAGUACAUCACGGGGCUCAACGUGCGCUCCACGGCACCCGGGUCACGAACCAGUGAAGCCUAUCAGGUCGCCAGCUAUCGGACCUCGCACCACUACGAUGAACAUCUCGACGCGCUCCUUGACGAACGACGAAUAGCCGCGGAUGGCGAUAGAAUAGCAACAUUCAUGUUUUAUUUAACUGAUGUCGACGUCGGUGGGAAGACGGGAUUUCCUGUCGCAGGCAUAGCGGCGCAUCCUAUCCGAGGUUCUGGAGUAUUUUGGCACAAUAUAUUACGAAAUGGGACUCCGGACAGGAGAACGUGGCAUGGCGGCUGUCCCGUCGUCCAUGGGGUGAAAUGGGUUACGAAUAAGUGGAUCUUAGAAAAGCAAAAUUUUAACAAACAUCUCUGCUCCCUCGACCCAAACGAGUAGCGUUCAUGAAGAAAUCGACACCAAUUUGAAAUUAUGCUCCCACCACGAAUCAACCGUAUUAGGUAAACAUUUGCAUAUCAUCGUGACCUUGAUCGACCCCUUAGUCAAGGUCAUUCAAGGUCACUUCGAUCAAAUCAUCACCGCUUGCCGUCCUAAAAGAUCUGAAGAAAACUCUUCUCGUCAAUAAAUUGCUAAUUGCGAUAUUUUAAUUUAUUUAUAUAUUUAUUGCGCAUUUUAUUUAAUUUUUACAUUAGUUAAAUAGUUAAUUGUGAUCUUAAUUAUUUUUAAUUAGUUUAGAGUAUCAAAAAACAUACAUUUUAAAAAAAUAUUGUAGAUCGAUACAAAUUUAAUUAAGUAGAGAAGACCAGCCUCUCAUUUACUACUAUUUGUCCCUCCCUCCGCGUAAACUUUGCAAUAAAUUAUGUAUUUAGCGUGGUCA